CUGUAAACCACAGGUAUCGUGUUAGGAUGAACAUUGCAGCUUUAUUUUGAAAUGUUUUACAGCUGAUUCUGUAGUUCAGAUCUCUAUAACAAGGUUUGGGAUCGACAUGUCGAUCACUGUCAAUGUAUAUUCUGAUUUGUCCUGCCCUUGGUGUUAUGUGGGCAAGAGACGUCUCGACAAAGCCAUUCAGCAGUGUACUGAAGCUGGUAUAACUGUUCACUGGCAUCCCUACAUAAUCGACAAAAAUACUGCUGAAAUGGGCGAGGAUUACAUGGCAUACAAUACCAGAAGGUGGGGUGGUGAUGGAUGGACACGAUCACUCAGAAGGGCAGGACAACAAGAUGGAUUAGAAUUCAAAAACUGGAAGACAUGGCCUAACUCUUUACAUGGUCACCGCCUCAUUCACCUGGCUGGGUUGCAGAAAGGACCCGAAGGACAAGGCAAAGCUAAAGAUCUCCUAUUGCGUAUGAUUUACGAAGAUGGCAAAAAUGUUAGUGACAUUGGUACACUGAUUGAAGCUGCUAAAGAGCUGGGCUUGGAAGGUGCUGAGGACUAUCUCAAAUCCUCCUCUGACAUAGAUUUGGUUUUGUCUCAAGAUUCAUAUGCAAAAUCUCAAAUGAAGAUAUCUGGUGUGCCCUACUUUGUCAUAUCAAGUGACAGUAAAGAUAAGAGGUCAAUAUCUUUGUCGGGGGCCCAAGGCUCAGAACUAUUUUUGGCAGCAUUUAGUCAUGUGACCAAAUAGAUGCCAUUGGAAAUGUAUGGUAACUAAGAAUAGUUGUGACUAUAAACCUGCUAGCUGCUAGACAUUUCCUUGUAAAUUAGUUGCAAGAAUUUGUUGUUAGAUCAAGAAAAUAACUUCUCCCUGAUAAGUUUGGAGAAAUUAGGUUAGGGAGAAAUUACAUGUCAAUCACUUCAGGGAGUCAGUGGUUAAAAGAGAUUGCCAACUGAUCAGUCAGAACUGCACUUGUGAUGUCAGAUACCCAAUGCUCUGAGGCUUAAAACUCACCGCUGACUGUUCCUUCAGAACUGUCAUGGAAUAUUAGGGACCUUACGCAACCACGACGGCGACGGCAACGAGGACGUGGAAAAACAAGAAAUCUAAUUGGCAG